AUGUUUCCCUUCUUGCCACUGGCACAGCUGUGCAGCCGCUCUCGCCACAGCGAAUCGCGCCGCGUCGCGUGUCGCGUUAUGGCCGCGCUGACGACCAUCGUGCCGGACAUCAUCUGGGCGCAGCGCAAGGACGCGCUCUACGUGACGGUGAAGCUCGCGGAGGCGACGGACGUCAAGGUGGACCUCACGGCGACGACGCUCGCCUUCUCCUGCGAGUGCGACGAGAAGAGCUACGCCUUCUCCGCGACGUUCUUCGCGGAGGUGUUGCCCGAGGAGAGCGUCUGGAAGGUCCACGGGCGCAACGUCCAGAUGCACGUCGUCAAGAAGGACCAGGAGGCCGACGAGCACUGGCCGCGGAUGACGACCGACAAGGCCUUCGAGAAGCGCCACGUCGCCUGCGACUGGAGCCGCUACGUCGACGAGGACGAGGAGGCCGGCGACGACGGCUUCGACAUGUCGGCCCUCGAGGGCGCGGCGAACUUCGGGUCCGCGGAGGGCGACGAGUACGAGCCCGACAGCGACGACGACGUCGACCUCGGGGACCUCGACCCCGACGACGACGACGACGACGACGACGCGCCGCCGCCGGAGCCGGCCCAGCCGAAGAUCCAGGAGGUCUAG